AUGGAGGAUUCAAUUGCAGGUCUUUCGUUGGAUGAUGAAGAGGAAGAAAUCAUUCAACUGGAGGUGGAAAAGACUAGUCAAGAGAUCUCGUAUGUGAACUGUUUAGUGGGAGUAUUUCUUACUUCUAGUGUUGUGCAUUUUCAAGCAAUGCAAUCGACUUUGGCAAGUGUUUGGCAUCCAAUAGGGGGUGUUUCAAUCUCAAAUCUGGGAAGGGAGAGAUAUUUAUUUCAUUUUUAUUAUGAAGUGGAUGUGGAGAGAGUUAUGAAGAAUGGGCCAUGGAAUUUUAAUUCCCAUUUACUAAUUCUACAUCGAUGGAAGACGGGAGAGGAUCCUUUAACUGUUCAAUUACAUUGGGUGGAUUUUUGGCUACUAAUACAUGACCUCCCUCUUGGUUUUAUGGCAGAUACUGUUGCUUAUCAGUUGAGAAAUUUUAUUGGGGAAUUUAUUGAAUAUGACACUGUUGCAACUCAACUGGGAUAUAAAUGCAUCAUGAGAAUUUGGGUGAGGGUGGAUGUUAGAAAGCCUCUUAAGAGAAAGAAGAGGACUGCACUAAAAUAUGGUGAAUCAGUUUAUGUUCGUUUUGAGUACAAAAAAUUGACUCUAUUUUGCUUUCUAUGUGGCAAAUUUGGACAUGGUGAAAGUUUUUGCUCGAUUAGAGCUAUUCAACCACAGUCAGAAUAUGUCUUUAUUUGGGAUAUUUCUCUGCAUGCUCAACCAAGAAAGAAUCUGUCAUGGAAGAGCAAGUGGGAAAAAAAGAAUGUGGGGAUUCUGAAAUCAAAUUCAGUGAAUAAAGGUGAGAAUUGGGGUUCUAUCCCAAAAGAUUCUGUUUCUGUAAAAGAUAAAGGAAAGUCUACUUUUGCUCUAGGCCCAUUAAAACUUGGGGAAAUGGAUCAACAUCAUGAUGGAUUUGACGAGGAAAUGGUAGCAUAUGAGGAAGCGAGUAGUCCAAUAAUGCAUAGUGAUGAACUUAAACGACCCCGCAUACAAUUUAAUGUUUCACGAGUUUCUGGAAAUGAUGAUUCGAAUGAAACUUUUGGUACUUCAUUGCAAGUACAAAAUACUAAAAGAUUGGCAGGCCUUGAUAAGCAAGCCAGCCGGGAACAAUGA